AUGUCUGCACAACAACCACCUAAAUUCGAAAUAAAGAAAUGGAACGCUGUUGCUUUGUGGUCGUGGGAUCUUCAAGUAGAUACUUGUGCUAUUUGCAGAAAUAGUCUUAUGGAAUUAUGUCUAGAAUGUCAAGGAAAUACAGGUUCAACAACUGAAGAAUGUACUGUUUCAUGGGGAACUUGUAAUCACGCAUUCCAUACUCAUUGCAUUUCUUCAUGGUUAAGACAACGUGCUGUCUGUCCUCUUGAUCUCAAGCAAUGGGAAUAUGCUCGUAUUGGUAAGUAA